CUACCGCGCGGCAUGUCUGAUCGGGGUGUCACGUGAUGCGCCGGCCAAAAGUGGGCGCGUGGGUGACGGGAGCAGCCGCCGCGUGGUGGAGUUCGCCCGGCAGCCUCCGGAGGAAUGGACAGCGACGAGGAGAGCGAGGAGGAGGUGGUGGUAGGACCGCUGGAUGAAGACAGUCAGCCUCAUGGAUUCUGCACCGUAACGUACUCAUCCAGCGAUCGCUUUGAAGGACACUUCACCCACGGAGAGAAGAACGGCAAGGGCAAGUUCUUCUUUUUUGAUGGAAGUACCUUGGAGGGCUUCUACGUGGACGACGCCCUGCAGGGUCAGGGGGUGUACACCUAUGAAGACGGGGGGGUUCUCAACGGGACGUACGUGGACGGGGAGCUCAACGGACCCGCUCAGGAGUUUGACAGUGAGGGCCGGCUGACGUUUAAGGGCCAGUACAAAGACAACGCCCGCUGCAGGGAGUGCUGGGUCUACUACCCUGACGGAGGCUGCGUGUUCGGGGAGGUGAACGCGGACGGGGAGAUGAGCGGGAAGUCCUUAGCGUACAUCUACCCCGACGGACGCACCGCUCUGUACGGAAGCUUCGUGGAGGGGGAGAUCAUCGAAGCUCGAUCCGCCACAAUGAUCUCUAAAGAGAAUGAAAGGCCUCGCUUUGAGGUCGCCCCCAACAGUGCCGUCUACUCCUACGAUAAGUCUACGUCUACCUGCAUCGCCACCCACACUCUCCUCCCAGACCCAUACGAGAGCCGAAGGGUGUUUGUGGCCGAUUCUAAGAUCAAAGGAGCAGGACAGGGACUCUUCGCCAAGACGGACGCAGAGCCCGGAACCGUAAUGGCCUUUUACAACGGGGUGCGCAUUACCCACUCCGAGGUGGACAGCCGGGACUGGGCCCUCAACGGGAACACCAUCUCUCUGGAUGAAGACACCGUCAUCGACGUCCCGAAGCCUUUCGAUCAGACCGAGAGAUACUGCGCGUCUUUGGGUCACAAGGCCAACCACUCCUUCACGCCCAACUGCAAAUACGACCCGUUUGUCCAUCCCCGCUUUGGGCAAAUCAAGUGCAUCCGAACCCUAAGAGCGGUGCAGAAGGACGAGGAGCUAACGGUUGCCUACGGUUACGAUCAUAAGCCCACAGGACAGAAUGACCCAGAGGCUCCUGAUUGGUACAUGCAGGAGCUGGAGGUGUUCCAGCAGCAGCAGCAGGUGGAUGCUGCUGGACAGUGACGACGCGGCUGAUCACCUUCAGACUCUUCAGCAUCAUGGAUCUGGAAGUCCUCCAGCAGCUGCUAACCUCUGCCUGAGUGGAGGCCUCGUUUGGGGCAAAGUUGCACAAGAACUAUGCAAGAAACCAAAAAAAUUAGACUUUUCAAAUGUUUUUCGUGCUCACUCAUCUAACAAAUAACUCAACCUGACAUUUUCAGGGUUUGUUUUUUCAGGUUUAUCAAGAAAAACUCGACUUUAAGUCUUGACAUUAACUUUUCCUGGACAUUGUUACCAUUAUUUGUUACAGCCAACUACUUAAAAUGUGAAUUACUUUAUAACCCGCCCCUACAAACACAGUCUAUGUACUAUUUCAUGUCAUCUUAACAAACGUCAUGUAAACCGUUACCUUAAGUGAAUUUGUUACAGAGCUGUGGUGCAUUUUUCUAAUCCGAUUACAUGAGUUUAACUCAACAAUAAAAGGUCAAAUAAACUAAUUUGAUUCAUA